AUGGCUUCGAGUGGGGUUGGUUUUGUCUGCGGGGUUUGUUUAAAACCACCUUGUCUGCUUUCCCACACCAACGCCGUGACGGCUCGCUGCAUCCACUGCCAUGCGACGUUCGAUGUGUCCGAGCUGCGCCCCAACUACUGCAGCGGGGUAGAGUUGUCAUCACAACAGAAGCAGGGACAGCAGGUGAUAUUUAAUGUAAUCCACGCGGAGGAGGUAUCGUUAGAUGCCCGUAGUGCCAGCGGAAUCCACUUUCCCGCACGCUGCAGCACUUGUAGGAAACCAGCUGAAGCAAAUGAAUUGGCUAUUUGUCACCACUGUCAUCAUGACAUCUGUCAACAGUGUCGUGAGAAACAUCGUGAUAGUUUCAGCUUGGUAGUGCGUGUGAAAUUGAACGCUCUGUCCCGCCACAAACUACUUUUGAAGUCGCGUUUGGAGAGUUUGUGCGAACGGACAUCCUCUGCAUUGGAGUCAGAAGGGGAGUUAAAGGGUGGGAUUUUUGCUGCCUUGGAGGAAGCAGUGAUGGAAUUGCGUGUAGCAGCAAGCAAGUCGCUAGAUACUGCCACAGCGAAGUUGGAGGUGGUAGAUGUGACCGGAUACGAGAUGAUGGAGCCGGUUGUGCGACAAAUUACAGACCUUUUCAGCGAAGUCAACAAGGUUCAAGCUGUUUAUGCAUCGCUAGGACAGAUCACAAGCUUGAAAAAAUUGAUUACAAAGAAGGAUUCGUUGCAAAAGCUCUUCGAUAAGGCUGCGCCGUUGGAGGAGAUGAUGGAGAAGUCUCUUCCUCUUCCUAUUACACAGAUGCGACUGUCUGAUCGGUUUAGUAAGGCAAGUUUCCGAUCCCACCUGCGUGUGUGGAAUCACGAUCUUGAUUCUUCGCUAAAUGUGUCUUAG